GCUGGGCGGGCCCCCUGAAUAGGCUGCGGCCUGCACUUCCCGCGAUCGCCUCCGCUGGACUCGCGGCGUCUGGUUCCUUCUGCCGGCGCCGGCCCCAGGGGGGCGGCCUUCACACCCCGCUCCCAGAGAUGGCGCCCAGGAAGGCCCGUGCGCGGGGCCCUGGCUUAGGCCAAAGUUGCUCUUGUCCUCGCAGGCUCUAAUCCCCGACGCCCUUCCAGGCCUCCCUCCAGCCUGAGACUUGAUGCUCUUUAGGGCUAUUGUCCGGCCGAAAAAGGGACUUGGGGCGGCGCAGGGGGGUUGGGGGGUAGGGGUGGGGCGGCUGGUAGUUGGGUGGCCCUGUGAUCUGAGGUCGAUAGGCUGCUCGCAGUCUGUCCCCCUACUCUGGUGCCCUCCUUCGAGCUGCCUGAGAUCGAGGACAUAGUUAGGCCGACCAGAGGGUCCAUUUGCUCGCUCCAUGACUGUUUUUCUUGAGUUCACUUAACUAACUCUGGGGCAGCUAACUGCUCCCGAAAGGCCACCUUAACUGGUCUAGAAAGUGGACUUGGAAGUCAGAGGAAUUGAAUGACCUGGCUCGAGAUCCCCCAGCACAGUGUUCAGCAGGUCCUGUUGGAGAUGAUAUGUUUCAUUGGCAGGCUACAAUAAUGGGGCCAAAUGACAGCCCCUAUCAGGGUGGAGUAUUUUUCUUGACAAUUCAUUUCCCAACAGAUUACCCCUUCAAACCGCCUAAGGUUGCAUUUACAACAAGAAUUUAUCACCCAAAUAUUAACAGUAAUGGCAGCAUUUGUCUUGAUAUUCUACGGUCACAGUGGUCUCCAGCACUAACUAUUUCAAAAGUACUUUUGUCCAUCUGUUCUCUGUUGUGUGAUCCCAAUCCAGAUGAUCCUUUAGUGCCUGAGAUUGCUCGGAUCUACAAAACAGAUAGAGAAAAGUACAACAGAAUAGCUCGGGAAUGGACUCAGAAGUAUGCGAUGUAAUUAAAGAAAUUAUUGGAUAACCUCUACAAAUAAAGCUAGGGGAACUCUGAGAGAGAGAAAGUCCUUUUGAUUUCCAUUUGACUGCUUUCUAUGAGCCCACGCCUCAUCUUCCCCUGUGCACAUGUUUACCUGACACAGCAGUGCUGCGUGUUGUACAUACUUGGAACAACAAACUAGAAAUACUGUACUUCUGUACCAACAUUGCCUCCUAGCAGAGAAGUGUGUGUGUGAGAAGCCAGUUCUCCGGGCAUAACCUAGGUGUGAGACUAAAAGCUUUCCUUAUUGACUUAACUUUGGAUAAUGGCAAGAUGUGAGGGGUAGUAGGUACACAGUGUGUGCUUGGAUGGGAGGAAAAGCUCCAGUGACCCAUAGGAGAUUGUCCUUAAGUGGAGUCCAUCCAAUCUCAAACAGUCAUAAAAAGCAAGGUGAAGAACGUGAAGCUGUUUCUAUAUUCAUUUCAUCCUGAAGGACCUACAACUUAGGUGAAAGUUAUGACCAAACAGAUUAAACUACAUGCUGUGCUUUAAGGUCUAAGGUUAACGGAUCAACAUUUAAAUGGACUGGAGCUGUUAGUACAUAAAGUGUGGUGGGCUUUGUUCCCAACACUUCACAUCUCCCUGCCCUUUCAGCCUUCCUCCUUUUAGCCCCUUUCCAUAAUCUUUGGUUUGUAUGUGGUUUCUCAGUUAAUACAUAGCUAAUAGCUCUUAUUUUUCUUAUGUUUUUAACUGCUUUAGGCCUAUUUCGAUGUAAGGGUGGAGAUGUAUUUGAUGGAAAUCCGUGUGUAUAUUUAAGACCCUGUUGCUCCUCUGGAGCUUGUACGUUCACGAAUGAUUCAUCUGUGUAAUAAACUGAUUACUACAGUCAUUACAGAUAAUUUUGUGUGAAUAGGCUUUUUGAUUUAAAAACUUGGUCUAGCUAAGAUUAGUGGUGGAUUUUUCCUCACCCCUGAAAUGUUUUCAUCUAUAUUUGUUGCAUUUCAAAAUCAUGAAACAAUUCCAGUUUACAUACUAAAAAAGAUAUAAAAGUAAUUUUAUUAAACAAGGUAGAGGCAUAAGCUUAAAGGCAUUUUCAUGAAACUUAUAUGUGCACCAUUCCAGGAACAUGACUGUUAAACUAAAUAAAUUUGCUUUGUUAAUGAAACUGAGCAGCAUUUCACCAAAACCUUGUGACAGUCUCUUGGUACAUAGGGCAUAGAAUGCAAAGGUGUUGGUUGCUGUUUGUUAAGUUAAUUGAUUGUAAUCAUAAAGAGUAGCUGACCGAACCUGGGAAACAUGAGCACAAUCUUGUAUUGGAGAGUCUGUGUUGUUACUUUGCACUAACAUUUGCAGGAUGUCCCUUGGUUUUAAAUUGUACUGUAUGUGGCUUUUUGAAGUCUUCCCUUGACUCUAGUAAAAUGUAGUUUGAAAUUUGUAAACAACUGUUAAUCCAGAAACAUUCAUGUGAACUAGGCUAGUUACCUCCCCUCGUCCCCUUUCCUAACCUAAAUGUAAGCCAGGCCAGCUUGAAGGCCAAUGCUCUUUAGUCACCAAGAUCUUUGAAAUGCAUCUUUACACUCUUGCACAAAAAUCGAGGAAUAAAUGACCACUGCUUUUGGUUUUAAACUUG